AUGCCCAUCAUCAGCAACGCCAACCAUGACUUCAGCAAUCUGUCCGUCAGCGAUGACAGCAGUCUGGACCGCAUCUUCACCGAGAUCCCCGAGACUGAGACCAUCAAGGGUGUGUACUACCAGAGGGCUCAGUUCAUCCGUCGGCCAGAGGACCUGGUUUCCAUCGACCACGCCUUGCUGGCAGUGAUCAACGUCGGGGGAAACCGCUACACCUUCCCCUGGAGCACCCUGGAACAAUUCCCCCUCACACGUCUUGGCCGGCUCUGCGACUGCCGAUCGCCCGAGGACAUCGCCAGCGUCUGCGACGACUACGAUGAAGCCCGCAAGGAGUUCUUCUUUGACCGCUCGCCAUCCGCCUUCAGGGUCAUCCUCAACUUCCUGGCUGCGGGGAAGCUGCGGCUGCUGCGGGAGAUGUGCAUCCUCUCCCUGCACGACGAGCUGACCUACUGGGGCGUGGAGAUGGCCUACAUGGAGCGCUGCUGCAAGAGGAAGAUGUACACGCGCAUCGAGGAAGUACACGAGCAGGAGAGGCGCGAGGAGGAGCGCCGGCAGAGGAACGCCAUGCAGCGGGUGCCGGUGGAAGAGACACAGUGGCGGAAGGUGAUGAACUGGCUGAGAGAUAUGGUGGAGAAUCCGCAGUCGGGCUUACCGGGGAAGAUCUUCGCCUGCAUGUCGGUGAUCAUGGUCGCGGUGACGGUCAUCAGCUUGUGCAUCAGCACCAUGCCGGACCUCAGAGAGGAGGAGGACAGGGGCGAGUGUUCCUCCAAAUGCUACAACAUGUUCAUCAUAGAGACGGUCUGCGUGGCCUGGUUCUCCCUGGAGUUCAUCCUGCGCUUCAUUCAGGCCCGCAGCAAGUUGGACUUUCUCCGCGGGCCGCUCAACAUCAUCGACGCCAUGGCGAUCCUGCCCUACUACGUCUCGCUCGUGGUGAAAGAGGAGGACCCGGACAUGGAGCACGAGAGGCCAGGAGGAGGUAAGGGCUACUUAGACAAGCUGGGCCUGGUGUUGAGGAUCCUUCGGGCGCUGAGGAUUCUCUACGUGAUGCGGCUGGCGCGCCACUCUCUGGGCCUGCAGACGCUGGGGCUGACGGUCAGGCGCAGCACCCGCGAGUUUGGCCUUCUUUUGCUUUUCCUCUGUGUGGCCGUCACCCUGUUCUCCCCGCUGGUCCACUUAGCUGAAAGUGAGCUCACGGGCGCCCACGACUUCAGCAGCAUCCCCGCCUCCUACUGGUGGGCCAUCAUCUCCAUGACGACAGUAGGCUACGGCGACAUGGUGCCGAGGUCCAUACCGGGACAGGUGGUGGCGCUGAGCAGCAUCCUCAGCGGCAUCCUCAUCAUGGCCUUCCCCGCUACCUCCAUCUUCCACAUGUUCUCGCGCUCCUACCAGGAGCUCAAGAUGGAGCACGACCGGUUGUUCAAAGAGGAGUGCGCGGCUGCUGCGGCUGCUGCAGCCACGGGGGAGCUGCAGGAGGCCGGAGGUGAAGGAGGGAGGGAGGACUCAGCUCCGCCCGGACUGGGAUUACGUCUGGACAAGGACAGCGUGCACUCUCUGGAGUCCCUGGCUCUGCUCGGGAAAGGUGGCGAGGCUGCAGGAAAUAAUAACCACAGCCUUCCCGCUGCAGCUUUUUGAACAGUAUUUACACUGACUGACUGACUCAAUCCUAAACUUCCAAGAAGAUAUGAGUCCACCAAUCUCUGUGUUGCAUACAGUUCAAAGUACUGCAAAGUGACGGCUGCAACAAAGGCUUCACUAUCCACGACGUUCUGACGGCAUCUGUGCCGCGUUGGAUAAAAAGAGAUUGAACUAAAAAGCAUUUCUUUUCCUCGUCAUUAAUAAGGAGUACACGUGCGCGCAUUGCAGACUGAAGGACACAAAACCCUUUAAAUUGGACGGUCCGUUUCGUCGGACCAGAACGCCUCGGCAGCAAUAUUAGUAACAGCUGCUUCCAUAAACAUGCAAUAUUCAAUCCAAAGUUGCUGUUCCUUCCACUGUGAGAAUACUUAUAAGCCUGACUGCAACUUUUAGUUUCAUUCUCAUUACUUUUUAAUAAGUUGCCUACAGUAUGAUCGCAGACGUGUGUCAUACUGUAUACUCUACUUUUCUGCCAUGAAUUCAAAGAAGUGCUCCUCUUAGUUUAUUUUUGAGAAGCUUAAAGCCAUGUUCUGAGAAGAAAUAUAGACAAACUCAUAGUUUUACCUAUAUCUACUGUAUAUCGAUCUCUCUCUCUCUCAUGUAUAUUUGUAUGCUUGGACUUAACGAAGCGAUGAUUUCUCUGAUCUCUACUGUACACUCCAGGUAAACUGUGUUGAAAUAUUGCAGAAUCAUCCAAAUUGUUUUUUGUUUUUUUGUUUUUUUUAAACCAAUGAGGAAAUGAAAGGAUGGAGAGAAAGAAGGGAGUGUUUGUUUUGGAGAGGGAGGGUGUGCGAGUGAAAGAGAGUGAACGCUAACAACCAUGAAAUGUACUUUGCAACGCUCCAAAUAAAAGCUCUCCUAGUAAUCUGAGAGAAAUCCA